AAGGAAAAUCUGUGAAAGAUGAUUUUCUCUUCCCACAGGAAUUAAGGCUUUCCAAUCUCAGACAAUAGAAAUAGUGGCUGACGGGGUUUAUAGCUUGGCCGUUCAUGAAUUCUGAGUUCAGUCGAGUAAACGAAUGGAUGCUUGAUCGAAUAAACAGAUUUGCUGUGUUUCUAGAUUGAAAAUCGAGAAGGGUUCGUUGACUUCGUUCUAUUGGUAUGGUUGUCUCCAUCUCAGCUUCUGGGUGUCAUGAAUAGGUUUGGGGCUUUAAAUCUGGGCAGGUAUAAGACUGAAUUCCAUUAUUUAUCUUUUUCAUUACUGAGUGCUGACUGAUUCUCACUCAGAGAUUCACUGAGUCACCGAGCCAAUUUGGAGAGAGAGAGAGAGAGGUUUUAUGUUUUAAUUUCUCGGUUUGGGAAAUUUUGGGUCAGUAAUAGUAGACUAGGUUCUGGACGAUGAUUUUGUUACUUCGUGAAAUUGUUAGAUUUGGGUUCUUUUCACGAGGAGGAUGAUCUAAUUUUUCAGUUGGCAGCUUCAAAGGUACAGGGGUUCUGAUAUUUUGAUGUGAUGAUUUCGGGUUUGGUUGAAAACACAAAUUUCUCUGAGUAUUGAAACCCAAGUUCUCUAGAUUAACAUCAGCAGAGAAAGGAGAAUUCGUAACAAGUCUUCUGAGUUAGUGUGGGUGGCCAUGGAGAAACAGAAGAGCUUCCGUGGGGCCAUGGAGAAGCAAAAGAGCUUUCGAGGGGUGAUAGAGAAACAACUCAGCUUUCGUGGGGUAAUGGAAAAGCAGAAGAGCUUUCGCAUAGCAAUGGAAAAGCAGCAAAGCUUUCGUGACAGGAGGAAGAGCAGAGAAUCUCCAGGAAAAAGGGGCGACUCGGAAUUCCAUCUGUCUGCUCGAACUGGGAACUUAAACAGGGUCAAGGAGAUUCUUCAGGAGUGUAAAAAUAGCAGCUUGGAGGAUUCGCUAUCAAGGCAAAAUCUUGAUGGAGAGACAGCCCUCUAUAACGCAUCCGAGAACGGCCAUGUCCUAGUUGUUAAGGAGCUAUUGAAGCAUUCAGACCUUGAAACUGCUUCUCUUCCAGCCAAGAAUGGUUACGAUGCAUUCCAUGUUGCAGCCAAGCACGGUCAUAUUGGAGUUGGUGACGAAGAGGAUUAUUGGUAGUGGACGUGAGGAGAAAGGGCUCUACUUUUUUUUUGGGUGAAUAAAUAAUUCAUUAACCAAGGGAAAAGAAAAGAAAAUGCAUACAACCCCUGAAAA